UCCUGUGGGUAAUUUUGGAAUAAAAUUAUCAGGAGAUAAACCGACCCAAGCGUUUUUCACUUGUAAGUUUCUCGCAAAGGAAAAGCAUGACCCAUCUUCUCAACUCUCUCCCGCCAAUUGCUUCCUUCCCCACCCUUGCAGUCCCGGCGAACACUAGCGGUGCCGGCGGACGGACCCAAACGACGUCGUUGCAAAUAGCGUCUGCUUCGAGGAGGAGCCAAGAUGAUGACUACCACGCCACUCUGAAAGCUCUCAACUCCAAAGGCCGCUUCCCUAGAAAAUCCCUCGGCCAGCAUUACAUGUUGAAUUCUGAGAUUAACAAGCAACUGGCGCGUGCGGCCAAUGUAGAGGAAGAUGACGUUGUAUUAGAAAUCGGAUCGGGAACUGGUUCUUUAACCAAUGUCCUUAUAAACUGCGGCGCCACCGUUCUGGCCAUUGAAAAGGAUCCUCAUAUGGUGGCUCUUGUAAGAGAAAGAUUUGAAAGCUCGGACAGAUUCAAGGUUUUACAAGAGGAUAUUGUCAAAUGUCACAUUCGUUCUCAUAUUUUUCCAAUGUUGGAAAGUAGAAAUGCUUUGAAUGCGAGCUCCAUUCGUGCCAAAGUAGUUUCUAACCUACCCUUUAACAUAAGUACAGAUGUAGUUAAACUACUUCUUCCUAUGGGUGAUAUUUUCUCUGAAGUUGUUCUCUUGCUCCAGGAGGAAACAGCUGUGAGAUUUGUGGAAUCAUCUUUGCGGACAUCAGAGUACCGACCCAUCAACAUAUUUGUUAAUUUUUAUUCAGAGCCUGAAUACAAGUUCAGUGUCCCAAGAACAAAUUUCUUUCCUCAACCUAAUGUUGAUGCAGCUGUUGUUACAUUUAAGCUGAAGCAAGCUUCAGACUAUCCUUCAGUGGUCUCCACGAAAAGCUUUUUCUCAAUGGUGAAUUCGGCAUUCAGUGGAAAACGGAAGAUGUUGAGGAGAUCACUCCAGCACAUAUGCCCAUCCAAUGAGAUUGAAAGAGCUCUUGAAGGUGCUGGCAUUCCAACUACGUCAAGACCAGAGGAGCUCGCCUUAGAUGAUUUUGUGAAGCUGCAUAAUAUAAUUGCGAGAGCGUAACGCUGCUCAGAUCUUGGACAUUUAUUCAUUGCAAAUGUCCAUUUACUCUCUAAGAGCUGCUAGCUUCCGCAAAGCCAUAUGGCAUGGGCACAAGAUGCAGACACUUACACCAUAUGGAUGGUCUUGCAGAAGAAAAAUGCAACCCAGGUUCAUCAAUGAAGGACAGUGCAGUAGAAGUCUCUUUGAUCUCUGCAGUCCAUCUCAAAAGCAAUGCCUCCGGCAGAAGGUAUAUCUAGUGUAAUGAAGUCUUUUUACAAGUUCUGUUUCAACACCUCACCCAAUAUUUAAUUCAUUAAAUCUCAAUAUUAGAGGUCCAACUAUCAUAACAUAUAUCAAUUGUAAGGAAAACAUGUGCUUUGGGUUUGCUACUGUAUAUCUUACAACAUCAAAUUGAGUACCCGAUUUUUU